AUGGUGAUGCUGAUGACCUCGUGGGCCGUCGUAGCUGCAGGCAAUGAUACCUUGGAAGCAAGGAGCUGCUCUGAAUGCCACAGCGAUGCCAUCUGCGUGGAGGAGGGGGCUGCCACCUCGUGCUACUGCCAGGCGGGCUUCACUGGUGACGGUCUCCUGUGCGUGGACCUGGACGAAUGCGCCCUUGUGGGUGCCCACAACUGCUCCCCCAACAGCAUCUGCGUGAACACCCCAGGCUCCUAUGCUUGCACCUGCCCAGCCGGCUUCCGGAUGACGCCGGGUCUGGGCUGCACCGACGUGGACGAGUGCUCAGAGCCGGGGCUUGGCCGCUGUCACGCGCUGGCUACCUGUGUCAACAGCGUGGGCAACUACUCGUGCGUGUGCCCCGCGGGCUACUGGGGGGAUGGGCAACACUGUGCGUGCUCGCCAGGCUCCUGUGGGCCGGGGCUGGCCUGCGUGCCCGAGGGCCACGAGCUGGUGUGCGCUGACCCGUGCCAGGCCUACAGCGCGCUGGGCCAGUACUGGCGCAGCGCCGAGUACGGCGCGGGCUACUCCUGCGACUCGGGCCUGAGCGGCUGGUACCGCUUCGUGGGGCAGGGCGGCGUGCGCAUGGCGGAGACCUGCGUGCCGGUGCUGCGCUGCAACACGGCCGCGCCCAUGUGGCUCAACGGCACGCACCCGUCCAUUGAGGAGGGCAUCGUGAGCCGCAGGGCCUGUGCGCACUGGAGCGGCCACUGCUGUCUGUGGGAGGCGCCCGUGCAGGUGAAGGCCUGCGCCGGUGGCUACUACGUCUACAACCUGACGGCGCCCCCCGAGUGCUAUCUGGCCUAUUGCACAGACCCCAGCUCCCUCGAGGGGACAUGUGAAGAGUGCGGUGUAGAUGAGGACUGUAAAUCGAAUGACGGCAGAUGGCACUGCCAGUGUAAACGGGACUUCAACGUAUCCGACAUUGCCCUCCUGGAGCGCAGGCUGGAGUGUGGGCCCAACGACAUCAAGGUGUCCUUGAGCAAGUGCCAGCUGAAGAGCCUGGGCUUCGAGAAGGUCUUCAUGUACCUGCGUGACAGCCAGUGCUCCGGCUUCACCGAGAGGGGCGACCGGGACUGGAUGUCUGUGGUGACCCCUGCCAGGCACGGCCCCUGUGGGACCAUGAUGACGAGGAAUGAAACCCACGUCACAUACAGCAACACGCUCUACCUGGCUGAUGAGAUCAUCAUCCGGGACCGUAACAACAAGUUUAACUUUGCCUGCUCCUACCCCCUGGACAUGAGAGUCAGCCUGAAGACCACCUUGCAGCCAAUGGUGAGCUCCCUGAACAUCAGCAUGGGUGGCACGGGCCUGUUCACCGUGCGGAUGGUGCUCUUCCAGAACCCCACCUACACACAGCCCUACCAGGCCUCCUCCGUGACGCUGUCCACUGAGGCCUUCCUUUACGUGGGCACCAUGCUGGAUGAGGGUGACUUGUCCCGGUUUGCACUGCUAAUGACCAACUGUUACGCGACACCCAGCAACGAUGCCAUGGAUCCCUUGAAGUAUUUCAUCAUCCAAGACAGAUGUCCACGCACCGAGGACUCAACCAUCCAAGUGGUGGAGAAUGGGGAGUCCCCCCAGGGGCGGUUUUCAGUCCAGAUGUUCCGUUUUGCUGGAAACUAUGACCUGGUCUACCUGCACUGUGAAGUGUAUCUCUGCGACACCAUGAAUGAGAAGUGCAAGCCUACUUGCUCAGGGACCAGAUUCCGCAGUGGGGGUAACAUAGACCACACCCGUGUCCUGAAUUUGGGUCCCAUCACACGGAAAGGUGUCCAGGUCAUAGUUUCCAGAGCUGCUUCCAGCAACUGGGGGCUUCUGAAGGUCUGGCUGCCUUUGCUUCCGUUGGCCACCUUGACCCUGAUGUUCCAGUGA